CGUUACCACGUACGUACGGCGGCAGUGAGGGUGUGGAUGUCCCACAGCAUUCAAUCUACUGGACACAACACACAACGCUGCUAAUAACUUCUAUUCACCGCAACAGGCGACUGUACCCGGGUUGCCAGAGUGCUGUUUAGUAUCUCUGACUGUGUCGCUCAUUAUCCCAGAUGAGGGACUGAUGCUGGCCAGGAACCUGUUGAACCCCUCGGGUCGCCUCCCUCUUCUGUCCCACUUCAGUUCUGUAUCUACGAUCACGGGUGCACCUUAAGAGAAGGAGAAUACACCAGUCAAAAUGGAUGAUAUCUUCACGCAGUGCCGGGAAGGCAAUGCAGUGGCAGUUCGCUUAUGGUUGGACAAUACGGAGAAUGACCUCAAUCAAGGAGACGACCAUGGCUUCAGCCCUCUCCACUGGGCAUGCAGGGAGGGCCGCUCCAGCGUGGUGGACAUGCUCAUCAUGAGAGGGGCUCGCAUCAACGUCAUGAAUCGCGGGGACGACACGCCUCUGCACCUGGCUUCCAGCCAUGGACAUCGCGAAAUCGUGGGAAAGCUGAUCCAGUGCAAGGCAGACACAAAUGCAGCCAAUGAACAUGGAAACACACCACUGCAUUAUGCCUGCUUCUGGGGCCAAGAUCAAGUGGCUGAGGACCUCGUGACUAAUGGGGCUCAGGUGAGCAUCUGUAACAAAUAUGGGGAAACCCCUCUGGACAAAGCCAAACCUCACUUGCGGGAACUCCUCAAAGAAAAGGCUGAGAAAAUGGGACAGAGCUUGACUAAAAUUCCCUUCAAGGACACGUUCUGGAAAGGCACUACCAGAACUCGACCCCGCAAUGGCACUUUGAACAAACAUGCAGGCAUUGACUACAAACAGCUCGCUCUCCUGGCUAAAAUAAAUGAGAACCAGUCUGGAGAGCUGUGGCAAGGUCGCUGGCAGGGGAAUGAGAUUGUUGUUAAGGUGCUAAAAGUUCGUGACUGGACCACAAGGAAAAGCCGAGACUUCAAUGAGGAAUAUCCCAAACUCAGGAUAUUUUCCCAUCCGAAUGUCCUACCCAUGUUGGGAGCAUGUCAGUCUCCUCCCGCCCCUCACCCCAUCAUCAUCACACACUGGAUGCCUUAUGGCUCUCUCUACAAUGUGCUGCAUGAAGGCACCAACUUUGUGGUGGACCAGACGCAGGCGGUGAAGUUUGCGCUGGACAUUGCUUGUGGAAUGGCUUUCUUGCACACACUUGAACCCAUGAUCCCUCGCCACUAUCUCAACAGCAAGAGCGUUAUGAUAGAUGAAGACAUGACAGCCAGGAUCAGCAUGGCAGAUGUCAAGUUCUCCUUCCAGUGUCCUGGCAGGAUGUACUCACCGGCAUGGGUAGCCCCUGAGGCCCUGCAGAAGAAGCCAGAGGAGAUCAACCGUCGGUCAGCAGACAUGUGGAGCUUUGCUAUUCUGCUGUGGGAGUUAGUGACCAGAGAAGUGCCGUAUGCCGACCUCUCCAACAUGGAAAUUGGCAUGAAGGUUGCCUUGGAGGGUUUGAGGCCCACCAUCCCCCCUGGAAUCUCACCCCACAUUUGCAAGCUCAUGAAGAUAUGCAUGAACGAAGACCCGGCAAAGAGGCCUAAAUUUGACAUGAUUGUGCCAAUUCUGGAAAAAAUGCAGGACAAGUGAUAAACCCCCUCUGCCCUUCUGUGCUGGACUGUUGAAUUGGGGGACAUCUUACCCCAAAUAUCACUCUGAUAUGGUGGUGUGGUGCUUACCAGUAUUGCCUUAAACUCUCACUCUACCGCUGCAUUCAACGCCACUGUAGCUUCUGCUUCUGAGAUGAUUCAGCAGCAGUCACUUCUAUUAUGUUGUUGUUUUUUUUGCAAAGUGCUAUUAAGUUUUUAUUAGUGUCUCCAUCUUUGUCCGCCGUUGCUGUCUUUGCAGGAGCUUAAUAUUGACUGUUCAUUUUCUAAACUGUAAUCAUGUGGACUGAGUACAAUCUUCUUCAAUCCUGUAGACUGAAUAACCUGUGGAGGUCAGCAUGACAGUCUGCCACAUUGCUUCAGUGGAUUUAAGGCCUUAUUUUUCUUAUCUGGAGUGGGCUCACUAUUAAAAAGUCACCCUGUAAGGAAACUGUUCCUCUGUAAAUGGUGGCUCGUAAUAAAACAAACGACAUAUUAACUCGAGCUUGUCUUGUGGGGAAAAGCUAAUGUUAGCAGCAAACUGUAUGCAACUGGGCAAGCAUGACAUGUCUGAAACCAAGCAUUUAAACAACAUGUAAGAAAAUGUAUAUGAAUGAGUGGCGGCCAUGAGAGUACUUAGCAGUGUUGUACCAUUCAGCUUGGCUGUGUAGUGAUGUGUAGAGCUUGACCUGCCUUGAGCAUUGAUUUGUAUCCUGUACAACCUACUGAGAGUGAUGUAAAACCGGUCAUACAAACUUUAUUUUUCAGUGCAGCAAAAAUGGCAUUUGAUCAUUGAGAUUUUGGGAAGAUUACUUUCAAAAUGCAUUGCGAGAUUGCUUAUUUUCUCAUCUGUAUUACAAUAAUGUAAUGUAUUACUGUAAUCUAGUUUAUUUUCAUUAAUUUCCUUUCCCAUUUAUUAGCUGUACUAUUCAACAAAAGUCGGUCUCUUUUUCAAGAUGUCUAAAAGCGUUUCACGCUCAUGUUGAAUACUGGCAAUCUAUGUAAUCCAACACAUAAUACCUUCUUUUCGAUGUAGUGUCAGGAAUGAAUGCGUCAGCCGAGCCUGUAAUUUAUUCAUGGGAAUCACAGGUACAGUUAUAGUUUGUUUUGUCAAGCAUGGGGCCUGCCUUUUCUCCCAAUUUCAUGGCUACAUCAGAAGCAGCCGCCAACAGAAGGUGACUGAGACAUUAAGGGUUGGUGUUAACAUCCUGCAAACUGUCAUAUUGUUUUUUCACUUGAGAUUACUAGAUUACUUCUGACUUUGAAUCAGUCUCAUGGGUUGUUUCUUCUACCUGCAUCGUCUCUGUGCCUCCACCAGCUUGCUCGAAUCACAGGUUGAAGCCAAAAUUAAGAAUGACUUAUACAAAUGUAUGUAUUUAUAUAUAAGUAUAUUAAAAAGGAAAAAUAUGGGCAACAUGAA